CUCACUGAUCAAGAAGCAGCAGCCGACGAAGCCAUUGAAAGGCUCUGUCUUCGAUGUCAUAAUCUCGAGACUCGCUUGGCUGAAGCUCAGUCAGCAAUGUCUGUUUCCACCUCUGGUCCAAAUGGUUGUAACGGUGGGGAUGGAAAUGACCACUCUCCACCUCGAACUCCGACGCCUGAAAACGGUGGAAGGGGUCGAUUGAGUCCGGUGUUGGAACAGGGCGAAGAUACUGAGGAGACGGAAUGUGAGCAACAAAUGACUAAUGGGAUCAAAUCAGCCGAUACCGAUUCCGGAGAUCUGCAAGCGAAGUAUUUCUCCCUCAUUGAACUCUAUGAAGCUGCCAUCAAAAGGUGA